GAGACCGCCGGACUGCUACAGCGAUCGCCACUUUUCUAUUCGCUUUCAGCGAGUUGCGAGACACCUCAGCUAGCCAACGCCAUCGCUACAGCCACCGCAGCUAGCCAUUGCCAUCGCUACUUCUUCAACCUUCACUUCCAGCUUCCAACCGCCACCGCAAGUCGCAGCCACGCCUCACCGCCAGCUUCCCGCUGCUCCACUGUCGUCCAUCCGUCCGGCACUCCGUCUCCAGCGACCAGCAAGUCGAUAACAACUUGCAAAUACUCUGUCUCGUCCGUUAUAUUUGCUGCUCCGAAGCCGCCAAAAACCCUACAUAAUUCACAGAACUCUAAGUAAGGAUAAAGACCGGAAAACUAUCCCGGUGAUUGAGAUUUGAUUAAGGUUGGGGUGCUUGAACCAAAGAUCAUGGUGUGGUGUAGCUACUGUGGGAAAAGUGUCCACGCUGACAACGUUGACGGCAGACAAUGCUGUACGCUGUGUGGGAGAGUCCUUAGCGAAGAUAAUUUUGCAACGGAAGUUACCUUUGUUAAAAAUGCAGCCGGACAGAGUCAAAUGGCUGGGAAUUUUGUAAGGACUGUGCAAAGUAAUUUCUCAGCUUCACGUGAUAGAACACUUCGGGAAGCUUAUGAAGGUAUAGAUAGCAUGUUAUAUGCACUGGGGAUUGAUGGUGGUGAUUCUAUAGCUAAUCCUGCUUUAAGAUUUUAUACGAUAGCACUUGAGCGGAAUUUCACUAGGGGACGUAGGAAGGAACAAGUUCAGGCAGCUUGUCUUUACAUUGCUUGUAGGGAAAAGAAAAAGCCAUUUCUUCUCAUCGAUUUUUCUGAGUACUUGAGGAUUAAUGUUUAUGUAUUAGGUGCUGUCUUCUUACAGCUUUGCAAACUUCUAAGCCUUGAGGAGCACCCAAUUGUUCAAAAACCUGUAGAUCCUAGCCUUUUCAUUCAUCGAUUCACUGAUCGUUUAUUUGGUGAGAGGAAGCCAAAUGUUUCCAGAACUGCACUUCAUAUUGUUGCUAGUAUGAAGCGAGAUUGGAUGCAGACAGGGAGAAAACCGAGUGGGGUAUGUGGAGCUGCACUUUACAUAGCUUCUCUUUCAUAUGGACUGAAGUGUUCCAAGUUGGACAUUAUCAAGGUUGUGCACAUUUGUGAAGCUACAUUGACAAAGCGUUUAAUUGAAUUUGAGAAUACAGAUUCUGGGAGCUUAACGAUUGAGGAGUUCAAUACAAGAGCUGUGGAGCUUGAGAAAGAGCAGAGGCUGAUGACAGUUCAAUUCCCAGUGUCAAAAGAAUCUGGAAUAAGUGAAUUACUUUGUGAACACAAAGGGAGUGGGAUACCUCCCUUUGCCCAUGGCCUUUGUGAAAGCUGUUAUACUGAUUUUAUAACAAUUUCUGGUGGGCUUGAUGGGGGAUCAGAACCUCCAGCUUUCCAACGGGCUGAGAAAGAAAGGCUAAUGGCAAAGGAAGCUGAUGAUGAUGAUCGUGACGUUUUAGAUUAUGUCGCAUCUACUGAAGCAGAGAACAACUACAAAAAUCUGGCGUAUUCUGCAAACGGAAAUGUUCAGAAUGCAAAUGCAAAUGAAACCAUGCAGGGAAAGGAGCAUGAAUUGAUGGCAGGUGUUGCUUCCACAUCUGGAACUAUGCAGGAUGACACUGUUGAUAAGUCACAUGGAAUUGAUGAUAUUAAUUCAAAAGGUUCUGAUGAGUCAGAUAACUUCUCUGAUAUCGAUGAUGUAGAGGUUCACACAUAUCUAAAUGAUGAGGAGGAGAAGCGCCUCAAGCAGAUUAUUUGGGAGAAAGUGAAUAGAGAGUAUCUUGAGGAACAAGCAGCCAAAGAAGCAGCUGCAUUAGCUUCCAAAAAGGGUUUUGAAUCCAGUUACACCUGCCCUGAGGAAAUGGAAGCUGCACAGAAGCUUGCUGCUGCAGCUGCAGCUGCUCUGGCAAAGUCAAAAAAGGAGAAGCAACAGCGAAGAGCUGCAGAAUUGAGGAACUCUGGUCCUGCCAAAACUGCAGCAGAAGCUACGCAACAAAUGUUGAGUAGAAAGAGGAACUCUAUAGUCAACCGCGAUGUAUUGGAUUCGCUGUUUGAUGAAUCUCCACUUCCCAAUCCCAAGAAAAGUCGAAAUGACUCAGAUGCCAAUGAAGGUGGAAACCCGAAAGAUAACAAACUUGAUCCUGCUACAGAGGAUGGCGGAGAAGACUGGAUGGGUGGAGGAGAAUAUGACAACGAUGUAAAUUAUACAGAACAGGAAGCCUAUGAUUAUGAUGAACAAUAUGGUUUUGAAGAGUACUAAAUAAUUUACAGGUAUUCUUGUUUUUAAAAAAAUGUACAGGUAUUCAUUUAUACUCAUUUUUUCCUUCCAAAUUGAGGUUGCGAGGUCAGGAGGUUCUAACAAAUAGGAUACUGGAGCAUAGGUGUUGCUACUCAUGAUAGCGCGUAGUAAUUUGUCAAUAACCUCAUUUGUUGUAUUAAAGACUUAUUAAUUUAAUUAGAAUUUUAAUUGUAAAUGCUUUAUUUUUUUCUCC